AUGGCUUUAAGUGAUAUUACACCAAGAAAAGUCAAUUUAUGGAUUAAAAAUAUGGAAAGCAUAGUACACCUUACUAAAACAUUAAGUGAAAAACUUAAUGAUGAUUUUUUGUCAGUGGAAUGGGUUAUACAUAGAAUAAAUAGAAUGAAUGGAAAAAUUGAAAAUAUUACAGAAAAAGAAGAAUCUUUAAUUAGGAAGUACCUUUCUUAUCAAGUUUCAUCAAUGCUUAUUCAAGCAAUUAGUGCAAUUAUAUUUAGAAAUCCGAAUAAAAUAUAUGAAAUUUGGAAACAAUUUACAAAAAAAUCAUGUUUGGUGACCUAUCAACACAAAUUAAAACUAUCAACAGGAUUACCAAUUGAAACACCAAUAAAAGAAUUUGGUGAUAAGGUCUUAAAAAAAUUAAAGGAAUUAGAAUCAGUUUUAUUAUUUGAUAAAAGAUUUGCAGAGUUAUGGGAUAAAAAUGCCAUGCCACCAAGAAUGUUAAGACCAUAUUAUGUUGUAAAUGAUAUUGAUAAAGAAGAUGAUAUUCCUUACUUAGAGUUUGUUGCCGAAAAUUUGUUUAAUAUAAAAGUUAUAGAACCUGAUACAACAUAUAAUUAUGGAUGCUCUUGUGAAGAUAAUUGCAAAAAUAAUUGUGCUUGUAUUGAUGACCAUAUGGAAGGAUGGGGAGUUCAAACACUUGAAAAUAUUAAAAGAGGAGGAUUUGUUACAGAACAUAUGGGAGAAGUGAUUGAUUCAAAAACAGCAUUAACAAGAACAAUUUGCUACAACAAAUUACAUAUAAUGCCAUUUUUUGAUCUUGAUUAUGGUUUUACAUUCGUUGUUGAAAAUCGAGACUUAAAAAGCCAAAGGAUUGCAUUUUUUGCAGUACGUGAUAUAGACAAAAUGGAGGAACUAACAAUAGAUUACAAGAUGAAAGGUGAAUUGAUAUUAUCGAUGAAUGAUAGUGAUUCAGCUUUACUAGAAUGCGAAUGGGAAUAUUCAAUAGCAAAUUGUAAUUACGAUACAGUACUUAAAAACCUUUACAUAUUAUCAAAUAUAUUAUUUCUAAGCGUUGCAAUUGGUGGAAUAAUAUUAUUAUUUAUAAGAUUAGUAGUUAGGAAUAGUCAUCUAUGGGAUAAGAACAGUGGAUUUUUUUUGCCUUUAGAAGGCUAUUUAUUAGGAAUUUCAAUAUUUAGUGGAGUACGUGCAUUUGCAAAUUUUGUACAGCAAUUUAAUUUAUUUGCUUCAAGUCCAAUCGCCAGAGAAUUAAUUUAUGAUUUCAGCUGGAUUCCUGCGGACCUAACGGUUGCAACUUAUCUUGCCGGAAUCUUUAGAGCACUGUUAAAAAUGUAUCUUCACAAUUUUACUUCGCAUCAACAACCAACAAAAGGUGUCUACUUAUUACCAGAAUCACAUAUCAACAAAAUUUAUUGGACAUUUUUUAUAAUUCAUUUUAUAUAUUCACCAUCAUUAGCUAUAAUAUCCGGAAUCACUAGACAAAAUAAUGAUAAAGAAUUAUUAAAUAUUAUAUUUGGGUUACAUUGGUCAGGCUUUGGUAUAGUCCAAUUAUUAUUCGCAGCAUCAGCUGCUUAUUAUGGGUUUAAAUUAGUUCAAUUGACAAAAGCUUCUUAUAUUGAAUUAGAAGAUUUGAAUAAUCAAAAACAACAGCAGCAAUCACAACUAAAAAAUGAGGGAAAAAAAGAAAAAGAAAUUACUAUGAAAAUAAAAACAAUAUUAUGUGGGCAUAACCUAACAAAGCAAACAUUUGAUUCCAGAGUUCGAACUUUAGCAAUUGGAUGGUUAUACAAAGUAACCUGA